AUGGUCACUAAGACACUUGCACUUAGACGAUCUAAAAAACCAAGUGGUGUUGUUGAGGACAGAGAUCCUGAAGAAUCUUCAGUUCAAAUUCGAUUCAACAAUGUUGAUCAAAAUUCGAGGUUUACUUCGACACCUGUUCAAGUUGACCCAAUUGUUGAAUGUAAUCAAUCUUUUAAUUUAAAUGAUAUUGAAUCCUACACAUUACCAUGUGUUGAGGAAAAUAGUAAUACUGAGGUUCUUGCUGACCAUUUAUCGGGUAGACGAAUUGUAGAUGUUGAUUAUAUUUUUAAACAAAUCCAAAACAGUUCACAUGGUAGUGGACUAGACUGUUCUUUUUUGAAUAUGUCUUUUGUCUCAGAAAAACGUUAUGGUUUUUUUUCCAAAUUCAAAUUUCAAUGCAAAAUGUGCAACAUUGUAACAGUUAUUUCUUCAGAACCAUCUGAUAAAUCAUAUCUUCCCAUAAAUAAAGCCGUAACAAAUGGAACUGUAGCAAUUGGAAUUGGCCAAAAACAACUAGCUGAAUUAUCAGCUGCAAUGGAAAUUCCGUGCAUGACAAGUACCACUUUUUUUAAAGAACAUGAAAACUUAAGCUCUAGUAUUCAUAACUCAGCGUGGGAGGAAAUACAAAAAGCCGGAGAGGAAGAAAGAAAAUUAGCAAUAGAAGCAGGAGAUGUUGGCGAUGAUGGGAUACCGUUUUGUACCGUUGUAGCAGAUGGACAAUGGUCAAAACGGAGUUAUAAAUCUAAAUACGACGCUUUAUCCGGAGUGGCCACUAUUAUUGGAUACAAAACUAAAAAAGUGCUAUUUGUUGGGAUCAGAAACCGCUUUUGUAUUAUCUGUAGUCGAGCUGAAACAAAAAAUGAAACUCCAGGCAUUCAUACAUGUUUUCUAAACUGGAAAAAAGCAGCCACCGGUAUAGAAUCAGAUGGAAUAGCUGAGGGCUUUUUAAAAAGUGUAGAGCUACACAAAUUGAAGUUCAAUAAGCUUAUUGGUGAUGGUGACAGUAGUGUCACUAAAAGACUUAAAGAAAUUCUACCCUAUGGACCUGAUUAUAUUGUGCAGAAGAUCGAGUGCCGUAAUCACAUGUUACGGAAUUAUAUCCAAAAAUUAACUUUUAUUGCAAAAAAAACUAAUUAUCCUAUCAACUUAAGGCAAUUUAUUUUGAAAAAUAUAUUAAGAUUCCGGACUGCUAUUGUGACAGCAAUAAGACACAGAAAAAAUGAAAAUGUACCAACAGCACAGAAAAUUAAAAAUUUAUCAGCCGACUUAUUUAAUAGUCCGUAUCACAUUUUUGGUGAACAUUCAAAGUGUGACGAUUAUUUUUGUAAAAAAAGACUUCUAGAAGAAGAAAAUUGGGUACAGCGUGCAGAAAUCUGUGGAAUGAUGGUUGAAAUAAAAAAUAUUGUUAAUCGCUUAGUGAUAAAUUCGGAAAGUUUGAUUUUAGAUUUAGGGAAAUUUAGUAAAUUAUUCUUAAAAGAUGUUGCGAGAAAGAGACGUAAUAAUGCACGAAGCCGAGAGUUAUUUCCUUCUAAAAAUAAAAAAAUUAAUAAAAAAUGUGGUCCGGAUGAAAACUAUGGAUUAGCAGAUGAGUUGGUUGACGAUUUAACUCCUGCAGAAUUCAAAAUAAGAAAAGAUAAUUUUCUCAACGAAUUUAAGACCACUAAUCGAGAAAAAUUGGAAAACGAAACCAAAGAUCAAUCUAAAUCCCAACUUUGGUAUUCGGAGAGAAAAAAAAGAAUUACUGCCUCAAAUAUAGGGAAAAUAUGCAAAAUGCGACAAUAUACAUCUUGUAAAAAGAUUGUAUACGACUUGCUCUAUAGUUGCAUAAACAUAAAAAUAAAGGCUAUUGAAUAUGGACGUGUAAUGGAGAUCGAAGCAAAACAAAAAUUUGAAAGUUUAUAUAAUUUGAUAAUUGCACCUGUGGGUUUGUGUGUAGAUGAGAACAUUCUAUAUUUAGCCGCAAGUCCAGAUGGCCUCAUUGGCGAAGAUUCGAUCAUCGAAAUUAAAUGUCCGUUUUCGGCUAGGAAUUUUUCUGAUAUAUUCGAUGCUAUAGACGAAGGAAAAAUUCCUUUUUGUUUUAAAGACAAACAAAACAAUGUUAGCUUAAAAACUAACCAUAAUUAUUAUUACCAAGUUCAGACUCAAUUGCACGUAACCAAAAGAAAAAAAUGUAAUUUUUUUAUUUAUACAGAAAAUUGGUAUUAUAAUGUAUGUAUUACUAUCGAUGAUAACUUUUGGUAUCAAAAAAUACAGUCUCAAAUACAUUUAUUCUAUAAUGAAUGUUUAUUGCCGGAAUUAAUUAAUCCGCAGUUUGGUAAGAGGCAUCUAGUUACCGACAUUAUCGAUCCACCGAGAAUUUUAAAAGAACAAGCAGCCAAAAAAAAAUGA